UCAGAAACGAGCACAAAGAUAUUACUUUAGUUUUUGUAUCAUGAACAAAAUACCGAAUAAAACGAAAGAAAAUGGCAGGCAAUCAAGAUUUGCAAGAAGAUUUUUCGCAAGAUGUUGAAGACGAAGAAAACAGUAGCAACAAUGAAAAUGACGACAGAAACGAAAACAACGCAGCAGAUCAGUGGGAAGCAUCAAGUUCGCGAGGCAAUGCAGCAGAUCAGUCCGAAGCAUCAAGUUCGCGAGGCAAUGAAGCAGAUCAGUCCGAAGCAUCAACUUCACGAGGCAAUGAAGCAGAUCAGUGCGAAGCAUCCACUUCACGAGGCAAUGAAGCACAUCAGUGCGAAGCAUCCUCUUCGCGACACAAUGAAGAUAGAUGGCACAUUGCAGUGAAUAAUGGGCACCCAGCGAUUCUUUUUAAUGAGGUUGGUAUCACCGUUCAUUCGGAAGACGUUAAACCUGGUGAUAUCAGGCGUGAAUUAGUGGAAAAUGGAUUUAGGGUUGAGAGUGUGUCAGUUUCGAACCACUCAAACGACAAAUUAUUCGGGCUGUUGAAGUUUGAAACUCCUUUCGAAGCAGAAAGAUACUGUGAAACAAAGGGAUUUAUAUUCAGGCGUAACUCUCCAUCAGAAUCGUCGGAGUCACCCGUAUAUCGGAAUGACCCGACUCCUUCCCCUCCAUCGGAUUCAUCUGGUCGAGACAGGUAUAACAAAAGGAAAAAAACAAAAAAAAAAUCGUUGUUAAUUUCUUGUUUAGAGCAAAAUACCUUAAACCAAGCAGAUUUAAAGACUUUUGGAUUCUCAUUUUUUCGAAGCAAGCGUGGUGUUUGAUUCUUCGUGGAAAAUGUUUGAUUAUUUUUAUUCAAAUUUCUACACUUUUUAGCACUACAUGAAAUGUAGAGCUACUAAUCUGCUUUUUUUGUCUAGAUACUUUUUGAGUGUUGAAACAAAUUAUGGUGAAUUUGAAUUUUAUGCUCAUAUUUUUUAUUUAAUUUAAAACAGUGGCAGUAACGACAAAUAGGUGCAUAAUAUCUUAAAGCGCCAAUCAAAUUUUUAUUAUCAAAUGUUGUUUAAAAAUUACAUUAAUUUUUCGUAUAAUAUUUUCUGUGUCUUGAACAGAAUUAAAGUGAUUUUAGAUUCAA